UAUAGCUGUGUGUGUGUGUGUGUGUGUGUGUGUGUGUGUGUGUGUUUCGCGCGUGUUCCUCCUCCCUAGUCUUGUCCUCCUCUAUAUCCUAUAUGAAUUAAGUGUAAACAGUUUUUCCCGAAAUCUGCUUGGAGGUUAGGAUAGCAUGGGGAUUGAUCCUCUGAAGGCAUCGACCGACGAACCGUGACACCUGCGACUCGCCGCGUACACGGUGUGUCUCUCCUGCUCUGUGCGUGCGUGCGCGUCCCUCACCGCGGUUCUGUGUGUGUGCGUGUAUUCCUCCCCAGGAACCCGCUGGAGUAUUAUUUCCAACGGCGGUUGUCCGAGGGAAGACGGGAAAAAAGAAAUAUGUCAAGAAUGGGGAUCGAUCCCCGAUACGACACUGUACAACGUCGCGACCAUUAAAAAUCGACCGUGAAAAGGAAAAGGGGGUUUUUAUUGCCCGACGCGUGUUUCUUGGGGGGGAAGAUUUUUGUUCGACCGUUGAAUCGACCGUGUUUUCUCUCGCCUCCACCCGACAGUUGACGCGGUUUGUCGCGAAUAUUUGGCCACGACGGAGGAGAACACAGUAUAGCAAAAAUGCAGAAGAGAGACGGUAGAGAGACACGCGAGAAGGAGUUCGCUAGGAGCCCUGAACGCGACCAGGAAGCCGCCAAGAGGAUCUCUCGUUUCGGCGGGAACGCAGGGAAGUCUCAAGUGCCUUCCUCGAGGCAUAGUGUCGCGUCGUCGUCCAAUGUGUUGACAGUCGGUCCCAACUUCCGUGUCGGCAAGAAAAUUGGUUCCGGCAACUUCGGGGAACUUCGCCUCGGGAAGAACCUCUACAAUAACGAGCAUGUAGCAAUUAAAAUGGAACCAAUGAGGUCGAAGGCGCCACAGCUGCACUUAGAAUAUAGGUUUUACAAAUUAUUAGGUUCACACGAGGGUAUUCCGGAAGUGUAUUACUUCGGCCCGUACGGGAAGUACAACGCCCUGGUGAUGGAGCUUCUCGGGCCGAGCCUGGAGGACCUGUUCGACCUCUGCGGGAGGAGGUUUACCCUGAAGACCGUGCUGAAUAUCGCCACACAACUCCUCCAUAGGAUAGAGUACGUUCAUAGUCGGCACCUGAUCUAUCGUGACAUCAAGCCGGAGAACUUCCUGAUAGGACGAUGCACAACCAAACGGGAGAAGAUCGUUCACAUCAUCGACUUCGGGCUGGCGAAAGAGUACAUCGACCUGGAGACGAACAAACACAUAUCGUAUCGAGAACACAAAAGCCUGACGGGCACGGCACGUUACAUGAGCAUCAACACUCACCUUGGAAAAGAGCAGAGCAGAAGGGACGACCUGGAGGCGUUGGGGCACAUGUUCAUGUACUUCCUGCGGGGCAGCCUGCCCUGGCAGGGCCUGAAAGCAGACACGCUCAAGGAACGGUACCAGAAGAUCGGCGAGACGAAAAGGAACACGCCGAUCGAGGUGCUGUGCGACGGUCAUCCGGAAGAGAUGGCCACGUACCUACGUUACGUACGCCGGCUGGACUUCUUCGAGACGCCGGACUACGAGUACCUGAGGAACCUGUUCCAGGGCCUCUACGAGAAACGGGGCUUCGUGAACGACGGCGAGUUCGAUUGGACCGGCAAGACGAUGUCCACGCCCGUUGGAUCGUUGCAGACCGGACAGGAGAUCAUCGUGUCGCCGAGUCGCGAUCGGCAUCCGUACAAGGAUGUGACAGCACCAGGGGUGGGAGGCGGGGGCGGUAAGGGGGUGGGAACCACGUGGCCGGAUACUGUGAAGCAAUCAGGAGCCGGUGGUACAUUGACACCCGCUGAUAGGCACGGUUCAGUACAGGUGGUGUCCUCGACGAACGGGGAGCUGGCGAACGACGAUCCGACCGCAGGACACUCGAACACACCGAUCACAGCGCCGCAAGAAGUGGACAUGGUCGACGAAACCAAUGUUGGUUUUUUUUACAGAUGCUGUUGCUUCUUCAAGCGGAAGAAGAAGAAAAGUGGAAGGCAAAAGUGACUGUCUGUUAACGUCGGUCUUGGGGGGGCAGUACAGUGCGCGUGUAACAGUGCGGAUCAAGUCCAUGGGGAGGAGCGUUUCGCCGCGGCGGCGGUGCGAAUCGGUAAACCAGACGGGAGGAGAGGUAAGAGGAGAAGGAUCAUCCGCGUGGCCAGAGGAGACGGGUCCGAUCCGGGAAGGAAGAAGAGGCCCGUUAACCUGCUACGCGCCGGAAGUUGGUCCGUUCUUCGUGAUUCGGUGGUGCACACCACGAUGACACGGUGUAGCUGCCGCUAUCGAAUUCAACCACCACAGAGCCAUCAUUAUUACAGCUAUUAUU